AUGGCGAGUCACGACAACACCGAGGAGCUGAUUGACUACGAAGAUGAGCAGGACGUGAUCGCUAACGGCGCUGCUGCUGUUUCAAAUGGUGCUGCGGCAGGUGAUGGUGACGACAAAGAGAAGAAAAACUUCUCUGGCAUCCACUCGACGGGCUUCAGAGACUUCCUUCUGAAACCAGAGUUACUUCGUGCCAUCAGUGACCUCGGUUUUGAACAUCCUUCUGAAGUUCAGCAGGAGUGCAUCCCUCAGGCUGUUCUUGGAAUGGAUGUUCUCUGCCAGGCAAAAUCCGGCCAUGGAAAAACGGCAGUGUUUGUACUGGCGACACUCCAACAACUUGAACCAGUCAACGGCGAGGUGUCAGUGCUUGUCCUGUGCCACACCAGAGAGCUCGCCUUCCAAAUUAGGAACGAGUAUAACCGGUUUGCGAAGUACAUGCCUGAUGUUCGCAUUGCAACUUUCUACGGCGGCACACCAGUUCAAAAGGACGCGGAAAUUCUCAAAGACAAAAGCAAAUGUCCUCACAUCGUUGUAGCAACGCCCGGCCGACUAAAUGCGCUCGCAAGAGACAAAAUUCUUUUGCCUACACACGUGAAACACUUUGUCCUCGAUGAGUGUGAUAAAAUGCUCGAACAGCUCGACAUGCGUCGUGACGUUCAAGAGAUCUUCCGCGUAACCCCGCAUCAUAAGCAAGUUAUGAUGUUCUCCGCGACUUUAGCUAAAGAUAUCCGAGUAACGUGUAAGAAAUUCAUGGCGAACCCUCUCGAAAUUUUCGUGGAUGACGAGACGAAGCUCACCCUGCACGGGUUACAGCAGCAUUACGUCAAACUUGAAGAAGCUCAAAAGAAUAGGAAGCUCAACGAACUCCUUGAUUCAUUGGAGUUCAACCAGGUUGUCAUUUUUGUUAAAUCUGUAGCACGUGCUAUCGAGCUUGACAAAUUGUUGCAAUCCUGCAACUUCCCAAGUAUUAGCAUUCAUUCUGGUUUGGCACAAGAAGAGCGUAUCAACCGAUACACUGCGUUCAAAGCAUUUGAAAAACGAAUUCUGGUAGCCACAGACAUCUUCGGCCGUGGUAUCGACGUUGAGCGUGUCAACAUCGUCAUCAAUUAUGACUGUCCUCCGGAUGCAGACAGUUAUCUCCACCGUGUUGGGCGUGCUGGACGCUUUGGUACAAAGGGUUUAGCUAUCACCUUCGUGGCUUCUGAGGCAGAUCAGACGGUUAUGAGCCAGAUCCAGGCGAGGUUUGAAGUGGCCGUUCCAGAGUUGCCGGAGAAAAUUGAUUCCGCGAGCUAUAUGACAUCGUGA